GGCGAGCGACGCGACCACACAGAAAGCACAAGGCGCAUCAUGUUUAUGCCCGAGAACUCGUUCGACGACGACGGCCGGAAAGGACGAGGCAUCGACCUCGUCAAGGACGUCGACGACCGCCUGUCCGUCGGGGACAAGCCGCGCAGCAACACGCGCGAGUUGCACCCGAACAUGCUCGACGACGACGACAUCGAAGAGAUCGGAGGGCCCGCUGGAAGUCGAUCGAACGUGAUUCAACAGCAGCGAGACUUGCACAAGAAGAAGAUGCAGGAGCGCAUGAACGGAGGCGCCGUGCGGUCGGCCGGGGCGCGCCAGUUCUCCGCCCCACGCCCCACCGACGUCGACGACAAGCCCUCACGGUUCGGCCGUGAAGACGACUUUCUCGACGACCGCAAGGCCACAGCAACCAAGAAGACACCGUCCUCUCGUCGCUUUGACGACGACGACGACGUUGACGAGGACGAGGACGUGGGGCACCGGCGAACCGCCGGCACGCAGAAGAAGAGCGGCGGCCGGCAAUGGCGAGACGAUAGCCCGGAAGAUGCCCCUAUGGAUCGUACCAGUAGGACCCGUCGGGACGAACCCGUGACCUCCCGCAGCAGCAGCCGCCGACCCAAGGACGACGCCGACGACGAUGACGACAAUGAUGAUGAUGAAGAUACCGACCGCCCUUCUCGUCGGCGCGGCGACGCCCCGCCGUCCCGGGAGAAGGACCGAUCGUUCUCAAGACAAGACGCCAACGACUCGUGGGUGGAGCCCAAAAAAGGCAGCGGCCGCGAUUCCACUCGCAAGGACAAGGGAUCGGCGCGCGACCGGUCGAGUUCGCCAGACUUGUCGUCGGAAGAGGACGGCAACGACGAAGGCGUCGUGUCUAUGCUUGACGACAAGAAGGCGGCGUCAGCCCAGAAAGGCACGGUGAAGAAGGGCAAACUCGACCUCACCGACAUGAAGGCGUUCCUGUUGCGACCAGUGCCAAAAGCGUACGACGUCGUCGAGUGCUACAUCGAGCGCAACCGCACAGGCGCGAAUAAGUUAUUUCCAGAGUACUGUUUGUACAUGAAAGACGGUGACCGGUUCCUCUUGACCGCCAAGAAACGCCCCAACAACCGCACGAGCAACUACCUUAUCUCGAUGCAGCGCGGCGACUUGAGCCGGAAGGGCAGUGAGAACUUUCUCGGCAAGCUCCGUGCCAACUUUAUCGGCACCGAGUUUGUCAUUUACGACAACGGGCUCAACCCCAAGGGCGCCGACCAGCACACGCUCACGGUGAACCCGGCGACGAUCCGUCAGGAGCUCGGCAUUGCCGUGUACGCCAAGAACGUGCUUGGCCACCGCGGGCCGCGCAAGAUGCGGGUGUGUGUGCCGCGCGUCCGGGAAGACGGCACCCGCGUCGUGUGGCGCCCCACGACCAAGGAGGACGAGAUGGUCAACAAGUGCAAGGAGCAGGACCACACCAACCUCACGUACCUGAUUAACAAGCCGCCGCGGUGGAACGACCAAGUCGGCGCGUACGUGCUCAACUUUAACGGCCGCGUGACCAUGGCGUCGGUCAAGAACUUUCAGCUCGUGACCCCCGAAGACCAGGAAACGGUGAUUCUCCAGUUUGGGCGCGUGGGCAAGGAGCUGUUUACGAUGGACUUUCGCGCGCCGCUGUGCCCGUUCCAAGCGUUUGCGAUCACACUGAGCAGCUUCGACUCGAAGCUCGCGUGCGAAUGAUAUGGAGGCAACUCGACACAGUCGUCGCCCUACUUUGCAUUAACAGCCUGUACUACAUUUCGUGUCCUGAAUACUUUUUACUGUAUCGCAUUAUUGCGCU